CUAACUGCUAAUUUCAUGAAUGACUCUUUGAGAUCUUUGUCAACCAAUGAUUCUUUAGAAGGGCAAACUAGAAAAAAAAAGAAAAGCAAUGCUACAUCUAAAAAGACUUCUCGUCCUCAAAAUAUUAGUUAUACUGAAGUUGUUGAUUUACUUAAUCCAUCAAAUUUGUUCAUUAACAAAAAUUUAGAAGAAGAAUUUAAUGCUAUUGAAUUGUAUGACUUUCUUUAUUAUAAUAGAAUUCCUGAGACUUCUUAUUUUCCCCACUUUAAAUUUAUUUUAGAUGAGAAUUUAACUUGUACGGAAACAAAAUGGAGACGUUUACCUACAUUUAUUAAAUUAACAUCAUGAUAUUGAUUGUAUAAUUUUUGUCAUCU